AACAAAUGCAGAAAAAAAACCUGCUGGGCUUCUUUCUGCUUUCCUUCUUUCUUUUUUCCAGUUCAGAUCUGGGAAAUUAGCUGCAUGCCAUAAUUUUGGGCAGCAGCAAACUGUGAGAACUGAAUUCUGUACGGACACCAAUGCAAACAAGAUUGCUUGAAAAAGUGGCUACGAUUGGAUGUGGUGAAGAGAAGUGAAGCAGUAACACUAGGAAAAGUGAUGAAGAAGGGAGCAGGAAAUAAAACAGGAAAGAAACCGGAAGAAUUAUGACAGAAGGGAGAAAUACCAACUAAUUGCAAUGUUGGAGGAGAAAAUUAUUAUCAGUGAUAUUGUUAGGAUUCUAGAUUUGUCCAGGUGGAAUAUCUAAUGUGCGAUCACCCAUCAAAAAGCUGUCAUGUUGAUUAUAUAUUUGAAGUUCAAUCUCUUUUGAAGUUUUUCCUGCUUGUAUGGCAGUGAGACAAGUUGAAGGUGGAGAUCACACAGCAGAUGGGCAAGCUAAUGUUGCUUGGCUUCCCCCAGUUUUGCUGACUGGCUGUGGCACAGAGAUGUAGAGCCCUCCAUGAGGGAGGGGAGUCGGUUUCUGCUGUUGUUUGCCCCUGUGUAGCACUGGCCUUGCACCUGCCUAAGGUGAGUUCCUGAAGCAGAGGCCUGCAGGGAUGGUGCUCUUGUUGCACUUUGCUCUGAGCAGGGCAGAAAUGGGUCUGAAUAACUAGCUGGGUAUCAAGGAGUAGGGGCCUGUAUUUAACUGAGGAGAACUAAAACCUGCUCAGCCUGUAACACCAGUCACUCCGAGUACAGAGCUACAAUUUUGAAUUUGACUUCAGCAAUUUUAUAUGGCACAAAUUAAAAAAUUCUGUGUGACUGUUACAUUCUAUGGGGAUUAAAAUGCAAGUCUGAUCUUACAUCCAUGAUAGUUUCUUUGUGCAUGUGGUGUAGGUGUGGUGAGGGACUGCAGGCUUGUGCCUGUCACAACUGAUGUCCCAUGUUGUUGUCACUCCCCCAGUUUCUGCUCCUUCAUCCAAUUUCCAAAGAAACCUUAGGAAAGCGAAGGCGCCUUGACCCUCUUCUGUGUUGCAGUGGUAGUCAUUAUUUAUUCUGUGCUUCAGGUUAAGCAAACUCCAUUUUAAUUUUGCAGUGAGUUUAUAUCAACAUCAUUUAUGUUGUCGUGCGCAUUGUUCUUGGUGACAACCCUGUUUAGAGCAGCUGUAAGUUUAACGAGCUAUCUGUUAACCUUUCAUAGAAAGGAAGUGCUUCUGUCAGUUACUCUAAUGAAAUCAUAAAAAUCAUUUCCUGUCUCCAGCUGUAGCCCAGUCCUCGUAUCUUCUGUCAAUAGGAGGAUAUUGAAACAUACAGGAAAACACACACGCACGUUGAUCCCACCUUACAGUAUAGCCAUAGUGUUGUAUUUCAGUGCAGCAAAUUGUAAUUAGCCAGUGAUGUCAAAGGCUUUUAUUUUCCAUUACAAAUUCUCUGUAUUGCGCAAACUCUUUUAUUCAACAUGAAAGAGUUUCCUCAUCAAUCAGUUGGGAAGGCUGCGUGCAAGAGCUGUGUUCUUCCUGACCUGAUGUGUAAAGAUCUUGGUUUCAUGAGCUGAGAGAGUAGAAAGGAAGGAAAAAACACUUCAUCUUAAGAGGGGAAAAAACCAAAACUGCAAAAUAUUCUCUAUUUCAUCAUUUGGGAUGAGGCCACUAGAAUGACUGAAUGGAAGGAGGUGAAAUAGUGGAUAGAAACAUUGGGAGUAAAGAGAAAGAGAAAAAAUGAAUGGUGAAAACUUGGAAGAGCAAGAGAGGGUUUCUGCUUUGUGAGGUCUCUUGGUGGAGUACAUAAGAAGGGCAAAAAGAAAAAGAAACAUGGUAUAAUUGCCUGUGAGCUAUAGAGUGGUGUAGGUUCAAGCAAGGUCUUCAAGGCCCCAAAAUGUAUUGGCUCUGAGCGAUAUGAGCUGUUCAUGUGGGGAAAAUCCCAAGCUCAAAUGAAGGGAAGAUUUCUCCUUUUGCUGGAGCUAAGUAUACACCAGUUGCUCUCUUGUAGUUUCAAGAGAGUAGCAAAAAAGUGAACAACUGCAUUUGGAAAUAACCCCAGGGCUGCUCCAAAGCUGUCAGCUUCUGUGUUGGAAGAGCACUUAAGGCCGCAUUACAUUCGGUGUGGUGGACUUGGUGCGUUUUUGGUCCAUGGUGUGAAGUUUGAGGGAGCGUUUUUGGAAGAACCUGCUGAGUGCAGCACGGUGUGAAGUGGUUGGUUGCCCUUACAGGGGAAGGCGCCGCGGUCUUGAUUUCCAGCCGUUCUGCGGAUCCCCACGUUUACUCAGACUUGAAAGAAGUAAACUUAAUUACAUUAAACAAAGCAUUUGCCUUACAAACAUGCUCUGGUCCCUUUUGCAUCUACUGAGAGAUAACAAGAAGCGUAUGAAUAACAGCUGCAGUCUUAUUUUUUUUGACCUGUUGCAGAAGGAAGGUGCACAGGCGUAGUAUGUCUGUGGGAGCAGAGGAAGAGCCCACAGGGGCAUUUGAAAUUGGAUUUUUUGAAUGUAAAUCUCUACGGUAAGUUGGGAAAGGGAUAAAGCCAUCAAGGUUUCAGUGUUGCCUGUUGCAGGUCAAGAUGAUUUUGAAUAACAGUAGUAAUGUUGGAGCUGAAGCCUUAUCCAAACAGACAAAAGCACUUCCGUCACCUGCUUGUCUUUUUCAGGCCAAAUGAUAUGGCGUGUAUCAUUGCAGAUGUUAUUUAUGCUGUUCUACGUCCAAGUUACCAGCAAAUCUCUGAUGACUGCCUUUAUCGUGUGAGUUUUCAGGUGGAUUUGCACCUGCCUAUCAGGAAAUUCAUUUCUAGACUAUACCUGUGUGUGUUAAUAAGCUAACUAAGUCCAACUACAUGAUGAUUGAAGAUAAUAAAGAGAACAAAGACCAUGCAUCUGAAAGAGGAAGAACUGCCAUCAUUUUUUCCUUGAAGAAUGAAGUCGGAGGACUUGUAAAAGCUCUAAAACUCUUUCAGGAGAAGCAUGUGAAUCUGGUGCACAUUGAGUCACGGAAAUCCAAGAGACGAAACUCGGAGUUUGAAAUCUUCGUUGACUGUGACAGUAAUGGGGAACAACUGAAUGAGAUCUUCCAGCUCCUCAAAUCCCACGUCAGCAUCGUCUCUAUGAACCCGACAGAGCAUUUCAAUGAGCAGGAAGAUGACAUGGAGAAUAUUCCCUGGUAUCCAAAGAAGAUCUCAGAUUUGGAUAAGUGCGCAAACCGAGUGCUGAUGUACGGGUCCGAUUUGGAUGCUGACCACCCAGGUUUCAAAGACAACGUCUAUCGUAAGAGGAGAAAGUAUUUUGCAGACCUGGCUAUGAACUACAAGCAUGGUGACCCAAUUCCCAAGAUUGAAUUCACAGAGGAGGAGAUCAAGACUUGGGGGACUGUAUACCGAGAGCUUAACAAGCUUUAUCCAACUCAUGCCUGCAGAGAGUACCUUAAAAACUUGCCCUUGCUCACCAAAUACUGUGGGUACAGGGAAGACAAUAUCCCUCAGCUGGAAGAUGUGUCUCGCUUCCUGAAAGAGCGCACAGGUUUCACCAUUCGCCCUGUUGCUGGGUAUCUGUCACCCAGAGACUUCUUGGCAGGAUUAGCAUUCAGAGUUUUUCACUGCACUCAGUAUGUUAGACACAGCUCGGACCCUCUCUACACACCAGAGCCUGAUACCUGCCAUGAGCUCCUAGGCCAUGUCCCUCUUUUGGCUGAACCCAGUUUUGCUCAGUUCUCCCAGGAAAUUGGACUUGCAUCACUUGGGGCAUCAGAUGAGGCUGUCCAAAAACUGGCAACAUGCUACUUUUUCACCGUAGAGUUCGGCUUGUGCAAGCAAGAGGGGCAGCUAAGAGUUUAUGGGGCUGGCUUGCUCUCUUCAAUUAGUGAGCUCAAGCACUCACUCUCUGGCAGUGCCAAAGUCAAGCCUUUUGAUCCAAAGGUCACCUGCAAGCAAGAAUGCCUCAUUACAACAUUCCAGGAGGUUUACUUUGUUUCUGAAAGUUUUGAAGAAGCAAAGGAAAAGAUGAGAGAGUUUGCAAAAACCAUCAAGCGUCCAUUUGGCGUGAAGUACAAUCCAUAUACUCAAAGUGUGCAGAUCCUGAAAGACACCAAGAGCAUUGCCAGUGUGGUGAACGAGCUACGCCACGAGCUGGACAUUGUCAGUGAUGCCCUCAGCAAGAUGGGCAAGCAACUGGAAAUCUAACAUUCCCAUCAUCCGUGUGGUGCGCUCAGCAACUCUUUUCUCUUCCUCACUUGUCUCUUUCUAGGCGCAUAACGUCUUGUAUGCAGAACUUUCCUUUACUAAUGGAAAAGUGAAUAGCCCAUAAGGAUAAUCACUUUAACUCACUUUAACUUAUUUUUCUGUUUAAAGUCCCUUACAGAAUGUAUUUCCUUCACCUCCGUUCCCUGUGGAUAAACAAGUCCUGGAGUUGCCUUGGAGAAGCUAGCAGAGGAAUAGAGAAAUAGCUAGGCUGGAGCAAAACUAUGGUCUGUGGAUCAGGGCUGGGAUCAGAUGCUUCAGAGAGCAGCUUAUGAGGCAAUUGUAGAGUAAUUUGGCGCAGGGAAAUGUCUUUCUGAUGCUAGUAGUCUAUGUGGCUAAUUUUACGGUAGUGUAGACUUCAUAACAUAGAAGCUAUAGUAAUCAGUGCUUCUAAGUCUGUGCUAUUAAGUUUAAAUAUCCAAGUUUAGAACUUGAAUGAGUACAGCUCAGGUACCAGGACAUAAUUUAUCUGGAAGUUCUUCGUGAUAAAAUGGAGGGAUCAUAUCUCCCUUUCAUAGGGAUAAUUCUUGCUCCCAAAGAACUGCAACUGUACUGACUGGCAUGUUUCUAGUAAAAGGGUGGAGGUGAAAGCUUAACUGUUUAUUUCAACAAAUUUUCUGUCACCUCAAAGAGUCAGAAUUUUUGUUGCUGUCCAUGGUAUUAUACCUGAGGGAAGACACUAAGGAAAUACCACUUGCCUUUUUCCUCACUGAAUAAAUUUAGCCAGGAUUAUAGCAAGCCAUCAGGUACUGACUUAGCACAAAGCCUAAAACCAUUUUGAAAUUACAAUCCUAUAUUCAAAGUAGUUUUGCAGGACUAAGAGAAGCCCAGUGCUAAAAUAACACCAGAAUUUAAAAUAAGAGCCAAAGUUUGUACUCUCAUAAACUUCCUAUUGAUUGCUCAGUCCUUUUAUUGACCUUGCAAACUGCGUGAAGAUAGAUUUAGCUUCUUUCUUGCUAGGCCUGAAUGCCUGUAUUCCCAAUCAAGCAAAUAACUGAAAGAUACAAACAUUUGAUAGAAAUCUCCAUCCCUGGAGGUAUUCAAGGCCAGGCUGGAUGGGGCCCUGGACAGUGUGAUCGGGUGGGUGGUGACGCUGUGCUGUACGGAGCUGUGCUGUCUGCUGUUGCUGCCAACCCUGUCUAUGAAAUUAAUUUAUGUAUGUACAGGGUCUAAUACAUUUGAAUAGAAAAUUUGUGAAGUGCAGGGUAUAUUUAAUAGCAUGCUAGACCCUGAUUCUCCAUAUGUGGUUCUUACCAGAAAAUCCAACUUGCAACUGUGGAGGCCACUGGAAAGAUCAACUGAAAUCUUAAAUAUACUGGUCCAAGUCCUCUGUGAGUUGGAAAGGACUUUCAAGAACCUCUGUGCUUGGCAAUCCCUUUGUUGCAUAUGCCUUCCAGUAGGCUCCAUCUGCUUUGUAAGCCAUCACUUGCAUCACUUACACUGGCCCCAUCUUCCCAAAUACAUUCACUAUUUAAAACCAGUCUAGAUAAUUUUCCUAUGACUUUAUUAAUCCACCAUUAUUAUUUUUUCUAAGAACAUUUUGAACAUAUAAAAAUGUGAUCUACUGCUUACAUUACACUUUUAAGUAGAUAUUCGGAGCUUUCUCUUUCUGAAGAAGAAACCUUCUGCUUGGAGUAGUAAGGGAGGAUGUAUUGCCUGUUUCUGUGCUAACGAUUAACAUUCAGCUGCAUUUUAAAAAUGAUGGGAUUGUUCUGGUGUUGAAAUACGGGUUUGUGUUAUGUGAAAUCUUCAUCUGAGCUACUUAGUCAUUUUGACUGGGAGACCUUACGCCUGCUGCAUUAGCACCAGGUACUUUUGGGAAAACAAACAAAUAGAAAUGGUGUCUUUAUUUGCAUCAGUGUAACAAAAAAUGGAAGUAAACUGCUGAUAGUAAUGUAGGGAAGGUGCAUUUUCACUGUAUUAACAACACAUACCUUCAGCUUCACCCAUCCAACCCUUCCAACUAGGUAGAGCAUUAAUAAUUUAAAUGUUUUAAACUGUUGUGGAGGCUUUAAAUGUCAAUUAAGUAAACCUGUACCGUCCUGCUGGUAAUUGGUAGAAGCAGGUAAACCUUUACUUCACCACUUGAGCAAUAAACACAAACCACUCUGACUGACGUUGUGCGUUUUACACUGCGAUGGGGGUUUUCUGCACCCUGGGCUUCAUUCCCUUGCAAACUGUCCAUGUUUCUGGGAGAAGCGAUUCGUUUUCUCCCUUCUAAAGGUUUCGGCGUCCUUGCGCAGGAGCCAGUGCGUUACUCCAGCCGCGGUCCCCCAGCCGGGCUGUCUGGGCGCAGGCCG